GGAGCGAGGCCCGUAUAAAGUCACAGGAAGCCCGCCGCCCGGCCCGCCUCUGCAGCUUCUACCUGGCAUCUCCUCGCUGUUCUCUGCGUCCGAGCCCAGAAUUUCUUUCAUCACGUUUGAGUAAAUCACUUAGAGAAAGCCCAUAGCCCCAUUGCACCAUGUGUGGGAUUUGGGCCCUCUUUGGCAGUGAUGACUGCCUUUCUGUGCAGUGCCUGAGCGCUAUGAAGAUUGCACACAGGGGUCCAGAUGCAUUUCGUUUUGAGAAUGUUAAUGGAUAUACCAAUUGCUGCUUUGGAUUUCAUCGGUUGGCAGUGGUUGACCAGCUGUUUGGAAUGCAGCCAAUUCGAGUAAAGAAAUAUCCUUAUCUGUGGCUCUGUUACAACGGUGAAAUCUACAACCACAAGAAGCUGCAACAACAUUUUGAAUUUGAAUACCAGACCAAAGUGGAUGGUGAGAUAAUCCUUCAUCUAUAUGACAAAGGAGGAAUUGAGCAAACAGUUAGUAUGUUGGAUGGGGUGUUUGCAUUCAUUUUAUUGGAUACUGCCACUAAGAAAGUGUUCCUGGGCAGAGAUACUUACGGAGUCAGGCCUUUGUUUAAAGCCAUGACGGAAGAUGGAUUUUUGGCCGUGUGUUCAGAAGCUAAAGGCCUUGUUAACCUGAAGCACUCCACAGCUCCUUUUUUAAAAGUGGAGCCUUUUCUCCCGGGACACUAUGAAGUUUUGGAUUUAAAGCCCAAUGGCAAAGUGGCCUCCGUGGAAAUGGUCAAAUACCAUCACUGUAGAGAAGAGCCUCUGCAUGCCCUCUACGACAACGUGGAGAAGCUGUUCCCAGGUUUUGAGAUAGAAACCGUGAAGAACAACCUGCGGAUCCUUUUUGACAAUGCCAUCAAGAAACGCUUGAUGACAGACCGAAGGAUUGGCUGCCUUUUAUCAGGGGGCUUAGAUUCCAGUUUGGUUGCCGCCACCCUGUUAAAGCAGCUAAAAGAGGCCCACGUUCAGUACCCUCUCCAGACAUUUGCAAUUGGCAUGGAAGACAGUACUGAUUUACUGGCUGCUAGAAAGGUGGCAAAUCACAUUGGGAGUGAACACCAUGAAGUCCUCUUUAAUUCUGAGGAAGGCAUUCAGGUCUUGGAUGAAGUCAUAUUUUCUUUGGAAACUUACGAUAUUACGACCGUUCGUGCUUCAGUAGGUAUGUACUUAGUUUCCAAGUACAUUCGGAAGAACACAGAUAGCGUGGUGAUCUUCUCCGGGGAAGGCUCAGAUGAGCUGACGCAGGGUUACAUAUAUUUCCACAAGGCUCCUUCUCCUGAAAAAGCCGAGGAGGAGAGUGAGAGGCUUCUGAAGGAACUCUACUUGUUCGAUGUGCUCCGGGCAGACCGCACCACUGCUGCCCACGGCCUUGAAUUGAGAGUCCCUUUCCUGGAUCAUCGAUUUUCUUCCUAUUAUUUGUCUCUGCCACCAGAUAUGAGGAUUCCUAAGAAUGGGAUAGAAAAACAUCUCCUGAGAGAGACCUUUGAGGACUCCAAUCUGAUACCUAAAGACAUUCUCUGGCGGCCAAAAGAAGCCUUCAGUGAUGGAAUAACCUCAGUUAAGAAUUCCUGGUUUAGGAUUUUACAGGACUAUAUUGAACACCAGGUUGAUGAUGCAAUGAUGGCAGCAGCAGCCCAAAAGUUUCCCUUCAAUACUCCAAAAACCAAAGAAGGCUAUUACUACCGUCAGAUCUUUGAGCGCCACUACCCCGGCCGGGCCGACUGGCUGACCCAUUACUGGAUGCCAAGAUGGAUCAACGCUACUGACCCUUCGGCCCGCACUCUGGCCCAUUACAAGGCAGCUGCCAAAGCCUAGAUGCCCUCUGCACUCAGCCCUGCCAGGACACGCUCCUCUUGUGAAGGGUUGGGGGCUCCAUGGCAGGAAGGGGAGUGGCAAGCAUCAACCACUCAGGCUCGUUGGGCAUGAAAAAAAUAAAAGUCUUAAAUUGGAA